UUGUAGCUUACAACGCGUCGCGGUAGUGUCAGGUGGUCUGACGGGUAGGACGAUCAAUACCAUGCUCAUUCUAUAAGUGAAUCACUUGGGAUCUGUACUCCACUAAGGAUUGACCUGCACAUAUUUAACGAGUCACCAAGGUACACAAAGAUGAACGGCAUCAUCCUCAACUCUGACAAUGGGAAUGGCUUCACCAACGGAUCUCCAACCAUCAGCCGAGGUCAUGUUCUCAUUACAGGGGGCGCUGGCUACGUUGGCACUAGUAUUUUACCAAUUCUGCUGGACGGGGGGUACGAGGUGACGGUGUUCGACUGUUUUAAAUGGGGCAUUUCAUCAUUACUACCUUUUGCCGACCACCCACGUCUCACCAUCGUGAAGGGUGACAUCAUGAACAAAGAUCAACUCAGUGAGGUUAUCAAAGAGAAAACAGCGGUCAUCCAUCUAGCGGCUAUCGUAGGUUACCCUGCAUGUGACAAGGAUCCUGAAAUUGCGGAUCAAGUGAACAUCAGUGGUACACAGAACGUCGUGGAUCUCAUGUCGCCUGACCAGGCUCUUGUCUAUGCAAGCACCGGCUCCUGCUACGGCGCCGUUGAGGGUCUAUGUACCGAGGACACCAAAAUCUGCCCCCUGUCUAAAUAUGGCAGUUCUAAGGCCGGUGGAGAGAAAGUGACUCUCACUGCUGGUGGUGUGGCUCUAAGACUGGCCACCGUCUUCGGAAUAUCACCUCGACUCCGCUUGGACCUCCUCAUCAAUGAUCUUACUUACAAGGCGCUUACCAUCAAGCAUUUUGAUCUCUAUGAAUCCCACUUCAGAAGGACAUUUCUUCACGUCAAAGAUGCUGCGCGGGCAUUUGUGUUUGCAUUGGAAAAUUACAAGGUAAUGAAAGGACAGGCAUAUAACGUCGGCGAUGAGCGCAUGAACCUGACAAAGCUGCAAGUGGCCCAGAUCAUCCAGGAGCAGGUACCAGCAUGUAACAUCACUGAGUCCAACUGCGGCGAAGACAAGGACAAGAGAGACUACGAAGUGUCAUACGAGCGUAUAAGGAAACUUGGGUACAGAUCAACAAUCACUGUUCAACAAGGCGUAAAGGAUCUUCUGAAAGUUCUUCCCUGUGUACAAGUCACCGAGGUUGCCCGGUUUAAAAAUGUCUAAGCCUCAUGUAUCAAACAUAGACAUUACUUAUGAUACUCGGCCAAGGUGUUAAUAACUAUAUUAUAUUUAUGCAAUUCCUGACAAGACAUGGGAAUCUGGCAAGUACCGUGCGACGCCGUUUGUCCUAAAACCGUGGUUUCCCGGGCAAUCUCGUUGGGAAUGUCCACUUAUUUAUAUUGGCCAAAUCUCACUUCUACAUCAAAACAAAGAUUACAUUUGGAAGCCCUGAGGUCUAAAACCUGUAAACAAGCCUUAAUACAUGAUCCUAUGACUCUUGGUUUUGAAGUUAGGACAAAAUCAAAUAGGGACUGGCGGCCAUCUUGGAUUUUGCCAACAUGGCCACCCCAGUGAGCGUCGGCUUUGGCGCCCUCCAAAAAUGGAUUUAGUAUGUUCUGGUCUACAUCUAUGCCAAAUUUGGUGCUUGUAGACACAUCUGCGCAAUAUUCCCCUAAGGUCCUGGACUAUAUAAGGUGCUGACGAGGAUGAGUGAUUGGGCUGGUUUGGACUUGGAAACGGGAUCAUUUUGCUGAGUGUCUUGGGUUUGCCGUAUGGUUGUGCACUUACUCAACAUUUACAUUCUGCGUUGUUCAUUGGAUCUUAUCAUACAUCUGAAUAUAAUACGUAUGUUAACGUUAAUACACUUUGUAACUCAACAUUUCUUGAAAUAUAUUCAUAUGCAUUGUUAUUAUUUAUUUAUUGACACUUAUUUACAUGUUGAAUGAAUCAUUCCAUUGUUGCCUUACUGCUGCUGUGUGUCGGGUUGACUUUGAAGACUUGCUUUUGUGGUGUGUAUGGCAGCCGAUGCUAUAACUGUAUUACAGAACACUUUGGUGCGACAUCUAAAUACCAUACAAUGCAAUAUCAAAAUUGUAUUUCUAAUAAAAAUGUAUUUCAUCACAUAACAUCAAAGAACUCUAUAUGUUUGGUACUUGUUCCCAAAAGUAGUAGAAGUAAAUCAAAUUCAGAAUUCGUAUUCUUGAGAUAAUCACAUUUCUUGGUUUCCAUCAUUUAUAUCUGCAUAGAGAAUGUAACUGAGAAACUGUUUUAUCGUAAUUAUUGAAGUCCAUAUCGAAAGUGUAACGUUCUUUCGAGGACAAUUUUUUUAACUGAAUCAAAUGAUACUAGAUACCAGACGUACUUGAGUAAGCUUGGAUCCUAGCGCUUUAGCUGGAAGAGUGGGUUUUGUUUGUAGCAAUGUGAUAGGUCCAUGUCAGUUGCAGCAGCCUACAGCCCCUUUUCACGUGUAUCAGCCAGGGCUCUUCUCACGUGUAUCACUGUACAAGUCCUUUUAGGGCGAAGCAUAAACAUGCCCUUAACGUGUAGCAUCUACAGUAGCUUGUCAUGCAGUUUCAUGCAUUGUUCAUUUGUCUUUGAGGCUGUGAGACUUUCGACUAUUGACCUUAUGAGGAAUCUGCUAAAUCAAUAGCCUAUAGUUCUAUGCUUGCUUCAGACGGCUACUAUACUAGCAUUCAAAAAGGUAUUUAGUAAUCAAUAAAGGUUCUUUGUUUUGACGGGCUUAUUCCAGAAAAAAAUCAAUACCUUGCAGUUCCCUUCGGCAGCCAACGACUAAUAUAUGAAAAAAUCGAUUAUGUCAUUUAACAUUUAUCCUUCUGGGUGACUUUAAUGUUUUAUUCUCAUGGGUGACUUUACAGCUUUACCCUUCUUGGUGACGGUAAUGUUUUACCCUAGUGGGUGACGUACAUGAUGUAAUCUAGCGGGCUACUUUGAUAGUUUAUCUUCGUGGGUUACUGUUAGGUUUUCUCGUGCGGUCUUUGUCUCAGGCACUAUUCUCACGGGUUGACAUUAAACGUUCCUCAUUCGCGGCUACAACCUAGAUUACUUCAAGGCAUGAGGCUAUUGCAUAGUGAGGAUUCACUACAUUCGUUUUAGAUCUGGGACAGGUGAUGGCUUUGAACAAUGGGGAAAUAGGGCAGAGCUUAUGGGUUUUAUGGCUACCGUAUUAACACACUCUGUGCGCUCAAAGGGAAUAUAUAAAAACGGGUAUUUGAAAACAUUUUUUACUACCCACUGUGUUCACCCAUGUUCACAUGGGUGUAAACAUCUUUCUCUUUUUACAUUCAAACCAAUACUGCUGUAUUGAUCCACAGCUACUGUGUGUUGAACCCUCGUUAAGUCCACUUCCAUUGCUUCGAUAUAUCGACACAUAAUAAUUAUUAUCCUCAAUUUUGUGUAAUGUCUCGAUUUGCUAAUUAUUCGACAUGUGGUAGAAUUAUUUCGAUUUAAUGAGGCUUCACAGUAACAUAUGUGUUAUUCGGAGACAUUUUCCUCGGUCACUCCAAUAUCAGUUGGGUUGAGACAUUCUCCUCCAUUGUCGUGUCAAGCCAAACUUAUACGUGACGAAAAUGUUUCAUGUUUCUGUCUGGACAAUAAUGAUCCGUAUAUAUGUGGUGUUUUUUGUUGUUGUGAAGAAGCGGAGAUAUGUACGCGCCAUGACGUGUAAAAUGAUGCUGGAAGUCUGGUGCAUGUCAUGAACACAUUGUGGUGUUGCCAAAUGAGAGCAUAAUAAAUAUGUUUUCAAAAUCAA